UUGUUCAUCACAGGCUCACUAGUUGUUGUCAUCCAAUAUGAAGAUAGUGCUCUGUUUUCAGUUGAAGAUGUCUAUUUUGCUCAUUUGGAUCACACUGGUCGACGAACUGAUAUUGAUCAUCGCCCUGAAUUGUUUUUGGGAGCGUACGAGUUCAUUGCCACGAAGCAGUAUUGCAAGAAUGGCCUUCCUCCGAAAGAGCCAGCUUUCAUAUUCAUGAUUGAUGUUUCGUACAACGCUGUACAAAAUGGUAUGCUGCAUGUCGUUUGCUCAAAUCUAGAGAAGCUCCUUCAACGUUUGCCCAAAGAACUUGGAGCUUCUGAGUCAACUAUUCAUGUAGGAAUAGCAACCUUCGAUCAGGUUGUCCACUUCUUCGAUUUGUCUGCGGCGCAGCCGGCUAUGUUGGUAGUGGGUGAUGUUAGCGAUAUGUUCGUGCCAAUUGUUGAUGGUCUUCUUCUGCCCUACUCUCAAGCCGCACAGUCAAUCCGCGCUGUACUUGCGGAAAUUCCUCGAAUCUUCGCUCCAACUAAACUCACCGAGACUAUCUUAGGACCUGUUGUGCAAGCCGGACUAGAUGCUCUUCAGGUCUGA